GGAAGCAGGCAGGUCUUAAAGGAGCCGCAGACUUUUUUUUUUUUUUUUUUUAAUUUCUAGGCUUCUUUUCUCCCUUCUCCACUUUUCCUUUUUCUUUUUUCUUUUCCACGAAGCGGGGCGAGGGAGUGGGUGCGCGGAAGCCGAGCCCCGCUGGAGCUGCAGGGAUCGUUGCUAGGGGGGGGCGAGGCGCUGUCCAUCGCCAGGGCGGGGGGGCGAGCCCCUGGCGCCUCGCGCACCUCUGAGCCGCCCAUGCUCCGGCCUGCUGGCAGCUUUCACAUCUGGAGCCGGACGAGAUCCGAGGGGUCCGGAGCGCCGCUGUCGGGGCCCAUGCGCCGGGGUGGAGGGUGAAGCCGAGCAGGCGAGACUGGGAGCACAUUAGCACCUCCAGAGCUGGCCCUGGGCCACAAGGGGACCACCGCAAUGCCCGGAGAAAACAUCUUCCUUUUCGUGCCUAACCUCAUCGGUUAUGCUCGGAUCGUCUUCGCCAUCAUUUCUUUCUACUUCAUGCCCUGCUGCCCCCUCACGGCCUCCUCCUUCUAUCUGCUCAGCGGACUUCUGGACGCUUUCGAUGGACACGCAGCUCGAGCCCUUAAUCAAGGAACCCGGUUUGGGGCCAUGCUGGACAUGUUGACAGACCGCUGUUCUACCAUGUGUUUAUUGGUCAACCUGGCUCUGCUGUACCCUCGAGCCACGCUUCUCUUCCAGCUCAGCAUGAGCUUGGAUGUGGCCAGUCAUUGGCUGCAUCUGCACAGUUCUGUGGUCCGAGGCAGUGAGAGUCACAAGAUGAUUGACCUUUCUGGGAAUCCGGUGCUUCGUAUCUACUACACCUCCAGACCUGCCCUCUUCACCCUGUGCGCUGGGAACGAACUCUUCUACUGCCUCCUCUACCUGUUCAGUUUCUCCGAGGGACCCUUAGUCGGCUCCGUGGGCCUUUUCCGGUUGGGUCUCUGGAUCACGGCCCCCAUCGCCUUUCUCAAGUCAGUCAUCAGCGUGAUCCACCUCAUCACAGCUGCCCGCAACAUGGCUGCCCUGGAUGCAGCAGAUCGUGCCAAGAAGAAGUGACCCCCCCUACCCCCACCCCGAACCUCCAGUUCCUACCUGCCCACCUGCCUGGGCAUCUCGCUGGGCCACAUGGCUCCCCCCUCCCCUUUCUAGGAGGUCCCAGUGUCACGUCUUCCUAAUGUGUUCUUCAGCCUGCUGGGAUGGGGGUCAGCCUCUCUUUGGUGGGGUCACGUUCUCUGUAACCCUGAGUGCUGGGCUCACGCCCUACAACCCCAGAGACCUAAGCUACAGAUCAAGGAAGGCAGCUCAGCAGGUCUCCCAUGAACAACUGGAGCUCCGAGAGGCCUGUCUGCCAUCCGAUCGCCCUGCCAGCUCAGCCUUGGGGUCUGGCCUGGCCCAGGAUUUUAGGGAUACUUGCAUGAAGAAAGAUGGUGUAGAGCCAACUUGGCCACAGAGAAAAAGCCUGGGUUCUAUGUCCAGGAAAAGGGUCAGGGCCAUCUAAAUCCAUUCCUGCAGCAAUCUUCUGUCCAGCUCCGGAAGCCCCCAUAAUAAAGGUGGGAGCUUUUAUUCUUCUGAGUUGGUUUCCUUUGGGGCAUUCUUGGGUUGAGAGGGACUUGGGAAACAACUGACAAAUCUACCCAGAUGCUUUUCUCCCAGUCUGCUGUUGGGCUCCUGCUUGUUCUUCCAUAGUGGCCUCAAAGAGAAGGCCCUUCCUGCCUCCCAAGCUCAUGUCACAUCCUCUCUUCCCACCUGCUUUAUGUCCCUGGCUGGCUACUACCCCAAGGAGAAUGUAAACUUCAUGCUCCUUUCUCCAUGGUUAGAAUGAAAGACCAACCUGGCAUAUAGUAGCUGCUCAAUAAAUCUUCCUGAACCGAUCA